AUGGCAUCUCCAAAUAACAAAAACACCAUCACCAUCACCCACAUCACAGCCGCAACAACAAUCCUCAACAUAAACGGCAUAAAUUUCCUCACAGACCCAGUAUUCUGCCCCGCAUCAACCUACGACGGCUCACAUGUCUUCCAAAAGAUGCCCGAAGCCAUAACAUCGCAAAUGGGAGGCCAGAUACCUCCUCCACCUCAUCUCAUCUCCUUAGAAGGCCCAGCAUUACAACUUCAAGAUCUACCACCCAUUGACGCCAUCCUUCUAAGCCACGAAGAUCACGCAGAUAAUCUCGACCCAGAAGGUCGCAAACUGCUCGAUGGCCGUAGAGUCUUCACCACCAGUGACGGAGCUAAGAAUCUAGCUCCUAGACCUGGUGUCGUAGCUUUGAAACCCUGGGAGACAAUCGAAGCAGUUAUCGGAGGCACGACAUUCAAAAUGACAGGAACACCCUGUCAACACAUCCCCGGCGGGGAAGUCACAGGUUUCGUGCUCGAAACAGAAUCAUUCGGCGUCAAUUCUUCGGGCCUUCCGAAUGCGAUUUGGAUUUCGGGCGAUACUGUGUAUCUCGACGAACUAGUUGAGAUUGGGAAGAAAUGGCAUAUCCAAGUUGCUCAAGUGCAUUUGGGGAAGGCUGUUGUGCCUAUGCCGUCUGGGCCCGUGCAGAUGAGUAUGGAUGGGAGGUCGGCGAUUGAUUUGGUAGAGAAGAUUGGGGCGGAUGUGAUGGUGCCGGUGCAUUUUGAAAGUUGGGAGCAUUUUACGGAGGGUGGGGAGGAUUUAGCGGCAAUCGUAAAGGAGAGAGAAUUUGGAGAUAGAGUGCGAUGGUUGACUCCUGGUGUUGCGAAGGUUGUUGCUGAAUUCUAG